AUGACAUAUCUUUCCCUCUCUGAGCCAGCAACUCAAAGCGCAGCUCCCAGCCUCUCCACCUCCGAGCCAUUGGCAGCAGCCUCUGGCACGUCCCCAGCCUCACGGAACACCCAGGGCAGCCUUUCGUCCACGCAGGCCACCACCACGGAGAUGCAGUCUGGGCGCCUGACUUCCACAGCCGUCACGCGGGAGAAGGGCACGACGGAGCCUGGGGACACUGCAUCUCCUACACGGAGCCCCUUGCCCACAGCGACAACGGCCGCUGCCACCAGCAUCGACACGACUCCUCGCAGCCAAAGCGAAAUUCCCACCAUCAACCAGGCAAGCAGCACCAUGGCAGAGCCCAACACCAAGGCUUCUCUUUCACUCUCAGCCACAUCCUUGACAACCUUUUCCACGACGAGGAGGGUGGGCACAGAAGCAAAGACGGACACUGUGCCUACAAUGCCGGCUCAGGAAGGGAGCUCGCCUGCGCCGUCAGCUGGGACCGAGGCAACGAGCCCUGCCUUCCCAACGACGAGGAGCCAAGCCACUGCCACCGGUGUGGGCACAGCGAGUGCCAGUGCUGCCUCCGUCUCUCCCAGCCCCAGCUCGGCAGCCACGAGCCACUCGUCCUCUUCUCCUGCGGGCUCCUCGGCCGCCACUCCCAACCCACAGAGAAGCAGCACAGGCGGCACCACUGAGUCCAGCUCGGCCACCACAUCCCACCCUUCCACGGCAAACGUCUCUUCCAUGGCAAACGUGUCUCCCGCGCUUUCCUCCCAUCCUGGAACCUCCAGCGCUGGAUCGGGCGCUGUGACGGCAGAGGCGUCGACUCAGACCACAGCUCCCAGCACGUCCAGCCCCAAGCCGUCGGCAUCCACCUCCGGCACGUCCCCUGCCUCAGAUAACACCCAGGGCAGACCUUUCCCCACCCUGGCCAGCACCAUGGGGACACAGGCAGUGCGCCUCACUUCCACAACCGUCACGCAGCAGCAGGUCACGACGGAGCCUGGGGCCGCUUCGUCUUCCACGCGGAGCCCCUUCCCCAGCGUGGCCACGGCCUCUGCCACGAGCCUUACCGUCCAUCCUCCCAGCCAAAGCCAAAUUACCACCAUUAACCAGGGCAGCGGCACCACGGCUGAGCCCUACACCAAGACCUCUCUUUCCCCCUCGGCCACAGCGCAGACAAGCCUUUCCACAACAAGGUUGGAGGGCACACGAGCAAAGACGGAGACCGUGCCCAUGACACCGACUCAGAAACGGAGCUCGCCCACGGUGCCUACCGGGACGCAGGCAGCCAGUCCCACCUUCCCAACAACGAGGCCCCAUGCCACUGCCACCAGCACGGGCACAGCCAGUGCCAGUGCUGCCUCCGUCUCUCCCAGCCCCAGCUCGGCGGCCACGAGCCACUCGUCCUCCUCUCCUGCGGGCCCCUCAGCCGCCACUCCCAACCCACAGAGAAGCACCGCCAGCGGCACCACUGAGUCCAGCUCGGCCACCCCAGCCCAACCCUCCACUGCAUUCGUGUCUUCCACGCCUUCCUCCACUCCUGGCUUAUCCGGCAUCGGAACGGGUGGUACGACAGAACAGGCAGCAACUCAAAGCGCAGCUCCCAGCCUCUCCACCUCCGAGCCAUCGGCAGCAGCCUCUGGCACGUCCCCAGCCUCACGGAACACCCAGGGCAGCCUUUCGUCCACGCAGGCCACCACCACGGAGAUGCAGUCUGGGCGCCUGACUUCCACAGCCGUCACGCGGGGGAAGGGCACGACGGAGCCUGGGGACACUGCAUCUCCUACACGGAGCCCCUUGCCCACAGCGACAACGGCCGCUGCCACCAGCAUCGACACGACUCCUCGCAGCCAAAGCGAAAUUCCCACCAUCAACCAGGCAAGCAGCACCAUGGCAGAGCCCAACACCAAGGCUUCUCUUUCACUCUCAGCCACAUCCUUGACAACCUUUUCCACGACGAGGAGGGUGGGCACAGAAGCAAAGACGGACACUGUGCCUACAAUGCCGGCUCAGGAAGGGAGCUCGCCUGCGCCGUCAGCUGGGACCGAGGCAACGAGCCCUGCCUUCCCAACGACGAGGAGCCAAGCCACUGCCACCGAUAACACCCAGGGCAGACCUUUCCCCACCCUGGCCAGCACCAUGGGGACACAGGCAGUGCGCCUCACUUCCACAACCGUCACGCAGCAGCAGGUCACGACGGAGCCUGGGGCCGCUUCGUCUUCCACGCGGAGCCCCUUCCCCAGCGUGGCCACGGCCUCUGCCACGAGCCUUACCGUCCAUCCUCCCAGCCAAAGCCAAAUUACCACCGUUAACCAGGGCAGCGGCACCACGGCUGAGCCCUACACCAAGACCUCUCUUUCCCCCUCGGCCACAGCGCAGACAAGCCUUUCCACAACAAGGUUGGAGGGCACACGAGCAAAGACGGAGACCGUGCCCAUGACACCGACUCAGAAAUGGAGCUCGCCCACGGUGCCUACCGGGACGCAGGCAGCCAGUCCCACUUUCCCAACAACGAGGCCCCAUGCCGCUGCCACCAGCACGGGCACAGCCAGUGCCAGUGCUGCCUCCGUCUCUCCCAGCCCCAGCUCGGCGGCCACGAGCCACUCGUCCUCCUCUCCUGCGGGCCCCUCAGCCGCCACUCCCAACCCACAGAGAAGCACCGCCAGCGGCACCACUGAGUCCAGCUCGGCCACCCCAGCCCAACCCUCCACUGCAUUCGUGUCUUCCACGCCUUCCUCCACUCCUGGCUUAUCCGGCAUCGGAACGGGUGGUACGACAGAACAGGCAGCAACUCAAAGCGCAGCUCCCAGCCUCUCCACCUCCGAGCCAUCGGCAACAGCCUCUGGCACGUCCCCAGCCUCACGGAACACCCAGGGCAGCCUUUCGUCCACGCAGGCCACCACCACGGAGAUGCAGUCUGGGCGCCUGACUUCCACAGCCGUCACGCGGGGGAAGGGCACGACGGAGCCUGGGGACACUGCAUCUCCUACACGGAGCCCCUUGCCCACAGCGACAACGGCCGCUGCCACCAGCAUCGACACGACUCCUCGCAGCCAAAGCGAAAUUCCCACCAUCAACCAGGCAAGCAGCACCAUGGCAGAGCCCAACACCAAGGCUUCUCUUUCACUCUCAGCCACAUCCUUGACAACCUUUUCCACGACGAGGAGGGUGGGCACAGAAGCAAAGACGGACACUGUGCCUACAAUGCCGGCUCAGGAAGGGAGCUCGCCUGCGCCGUCAGCUGGGACCGAGGCAACGAGCCCUGCCUUCCCAACGACGAGGAGCCAAGCCACUGCCACCGGUGUGGGCACAGCGAGUGCCAGUGCUGCCUCCGUCUCUCCCAGCCCCAGCUCGGCAGCCACGAGCCACUCGUCCUCCUCUCCUGCGGGCUCCUCGGCCGCCACUCCCAACCCACAGAGAAGCAGCACAGGCGGCACCACUGAGUCCAGCUCGGCCACCACAUCCCACCCUUCCACGGCAAACGUCUCUUCCACGGCAAACGUGUCUCCCGCGCUUUCCUCCCAUCCUGGAACCUCCAGCGCUGGAUCGGGCGCUGUGACGGCAGAGGCGUCGACUCAGACCACAGCUCCCAGCACGUCCAGCCCCAAGCCGUCGGCAUCCACCUCCGGCACGUCCCCUGCCUCAGAUAACACCCAGGGCAGACCUUUCCCCACCCUGGCCAGCACCAUGGGGACACAGGCAGUGCGCCUCACUUCCACAACCGUCACGCAGCAGCAGGUCACGACGGAGCCUGGGGCCGCUUCGUCUUCCACGCGGAGCCCCUUCCCCAGCGUGGCCACGGCCUCUGCCACGAGCCUUACCGUCCAUCCUCCCAGCCAAAGCCAAAUUACCACCGUUAACCAGGGCAGCGGCACCACGGCUGAGCCCUACACCAAGACCUCUCUUUCCCCCUCGGCCACAGCGCAGACAAGCCUUUCCACAACAAGGUUGGAGGGCACACGAGCAAAGACGGAGACCGUGCCCAUGACACCGACUCAGAAACGGAGCUCGCCCACGGUGCCUACCGGGACGCAGGCAGCCAGUCCCACCUUCCCAACAACGAGGCCCCAUGCCGCUGCCACCAGCACGGGCACAGCCAGUGCCAGUGCUGCCUCCGUCUCUCCCAGCCCCAGCUCGGCGGCCACGAGCCACUCGUCCUCCUCUCCUGCGGGCCCCUCAGCCGCCACUCCCAACCCACAGAGAAGCACCGCCAGCGGCACCACUGAGUCCAGCUCGGCCACCCCAGCCCAACCCUCCACUGCAUUCGUGUCUUCCACGCCUUCCUCCACUCCUGGCUUAUCCGGCAUCGGAACGGGUGGUACGACAGAACAGGCAGCAACUCAAAGCGCAGCUCCCAGCCUCUCCACCUCCGAGCCAUCGGCAACAGCCUCUGGCACGUCCCCAGCCUCACGGAACACCCAGGGCAGCCUUUCGUCCACGCAGGCCACCACCACGGAGAUGCAGUCUGGGCGCCUGACUUCCACAGCCGUCACGCGGGGGAAGGGCACGACGGAGCCUGGGGACACUGCAUCUCCUACACGGAGCCCCUUGCCCACAGCGACAACGGCCGCUGCCACCAGCAUCGACACGACUCCUCGCAGCCAAAGCGAAAUUCCCACCAUCAACCAGGCAAGCAGCACCAUGGCAGAGCCCAACACCAAGGCUUCUCUUUCACUCUCAGCCACAUCCUUGACAACCUUUUCCACGACGAGGAGGGUGGGCACAGAAGCAAAGACGGACACUGUGCCUACAAUGCCGGCUCAGGAAGGGAGCUCGCCUGCGCCGUCAGCUGGGACCGAGGCAACGAGCCCUGCCUUCCCAACGACGAGGAGCCAAGCCACUGCCACCGGUGUGGGCACAGCGAGUGCCAGUGCUGCCUCCGUCUCUCCCAGCCCCAGCUCGGCAGCCACGAGCCACUCGUCCUCCUCUCCUGCGGGCUCCUCGGCCGCCACUCCCAACCCACAGAGAAGCAGCACAGGCGGCACCACUGAGUCCAGCUCGGCCACCACAUCCCACCCUUCCACGGCAAACGUCUCUUCCACGGCAAACGUGUCUCCCGCGCUUUCCUCCCAUCCUGGAACCUCCAGCGCUGGAUCGGGCGCUGUGACGGCAGAGGCGUCGACUCAGACCACAGCUCCCAGCACGUCCAGCCCCAAGCCGUCGGCAUCCACCUCCGGCACGUCCCCUGCCUCAGAUAACACCCAGGGCAGACCUUUCCCCACCCUGGCCAGCACCAUGGGGACACAGGCAGUGCGCCUCACUUCCACAACCGUCACGCAGCAGCAGGUCACGACGGAGCCUGGGGCCGCUUCGUCUUCCACGCGGAGCCCCUUCCCCAGCGUGGCCACGGCCUCUGCCACGAGCCUUACCGUCCAUCCUCCCAGCCAAAGCCAAAUUACCACCGUUAACCAGGGCAGCGGCACCACGGCUGAGCCCUACACCAAGACCUCUCUUUCCCCCUCGGCCACAGCGCAGACAAGCCUUUCCACAACAAGGUUGGAGGGCACACGAGCAAAGACGGAGACCGUGCCCAUGACACCGACUCAGAAACGGAGCUCGCCCACGGUGCCUACCGGGACGCAGGCAGCCAGUCCCACCUUCCCAACAACGAGGCCCCAUGCCGCUGCCACCAGCACGGGCACAGCCAGUGCCAGUGCUGCCUCCGUCUCUCCCAGCCCCAGCUCGGCGGCCACGAGCCACUCGUCCUCCUCUCCUGCGGGCCCCUCAGCCGCCACUCCCAACCCACAGAGAAGCACCGCCAGCGGCACCACUGAGUCCAGCUCGGCCACCCCAGCCCAACCCUCCACUGCAUUCGUGUCUUCCACGCCUUCCUCCACUCCUGGCUUAUCCGGCAUCGGAACGGGUGGUAUGACAGAACAGGCAGCAACUCAAAGCGCAGCUCCCAGCCUCUCCACCUCUGAGCCAUCGGCAGCAGCCUCUGGCACGUCCCCAGCCUCACGGAACACCCAGGGCAGCCUUUCGUCCACGCAGGCCACCACCACGGAGAUGCAGUCUGGGCGCCUGACUUCCACAGCCGUCACGCGGGGGAAGGGCACGACGGAGCCUGGGGACACUGCAUCUCCUACACGGAGCCCCUUGCCCACAGCGACAACGGCCGCUGCCACCAGCAUCGACAUGACUCCUCGCAGCCAAAGCGAAAUUCCCACCAUCAACCAGGCAAGCAGCACCAUGGCAGAGCCCAACACCAAGGCUUCUCUUUCACUCUCAGCCACAUCCUUGACAACCUUUUCCACGACGAGGAGGGUGGGCACAGAAGCAAAGACGGACACUGUGCCUACAAUGCCGGCUCAGGAAGGGAGCUCGCCUGCGCCGUCAGCUGGGACCGAGGCAACGAGCCCUGCCUUCCCAACGACGAGGAGCCAAGCCACUGCCACCGGUGUGGGCACAGCGAGUGCCAGUGCUGCCUCCGUCUCUCCCAGCCCCAGCUCGGCAGCCACGAGCCACUCGUCCUCCUCUCCUGCGGGCUCCUCGGCCGCCACUCCCAACCCACAGAGAAGCAGCACAGGCGGCACCACUGAGUCCAGCUCGGCCACCACAUCCCACCCUUCCACGGCAAACGUCUCUUCCACGGCAAACGUGUCUCCCGUGCUUUCCUCCCAUCCUGGAACCUCCAGCGCUGGAUCGGGCGCUGUGACGGCAGAGGCGUCGACUCAGACCACAGCUCCCAGCACGUCCAGCCCCAAGCCGUCGGCAUCCACCUCCGGCACGUCCCCUGCCUCAGAUAACACCCAGGGCAGACCUUUCCCCACCCUGGCCAGCACCAUGGGGACACAGGCAGUGCGCCUCACUUCCACAACCGUCACGCAGCAGCAGGUCACGACGGAGCCUGGGGCCGCUUCGUCUUCCACGCGGAGCCCCUUCCCCAGCGUGGCCACGGCCUCUGCCACGAGCCUUACCGUCCAUCCUCCCAGCCAAAGCCAAAUUACCACCGUUAACCAGGGCAGCGGCACCACGGCUGAGCCCUACACCAAGACCUCUCUUUCCCCCUCGGCCACAGCGCAGACAAGCCUUUCCACAACAAGGUUGGAGGGCACACGAGCAAAGACGGAGACCGUGCCCAUGACACCGACUCAGAAACGGAGCUCGCCCACGGUGCCUACCGGGACACAGGCAGCCAGUCCCACCUUCCCAACAACGAGGCCCCAUGCCGCUGCCACCAGCACGGGCACAGCCAGUGCCAGUGCUGCCUCCGUCUCUCCCAGCCCCAGCUCGGCGGCCACGAGCCACUCGUCCUCCUCUCCUGCGGGCCCCUCAGCCGCCACUCCCAACCCACAGAGAAGCACCGCCAGCGGCACCACUGAGUCCAGCUCGGCCACCCCAGCCCAACCCUCCACUGCAUUCGUGUCUUCCACGCCUUCCUCCACUCCUGGCUUAUCCGGCAUCGGAACGGGUGGUACGACAGAACAGGCAGCAACUCAAAGCGCAGCUCCCAGCCUCUCCACCUCUGAGCCAUCGGCAGCAGCCUCUGGCACGUCCCCAGCCUCACGGAACACCCAGGGCAGCCUUUCGUCCACGCAGGCCACCACCACGGAGAUGCAGUCUGGGCGCCUGACUUCCACAGCCGUCACGCGGGGGAAGGGCACGACGGAGCCUGGGGACACUGCAUCUCCUACACGGAGCCCCUUGCCCACAGCGACAACGGCCGCUGCCACCAGCAUCGACACGACUCCUCGCAGCCAAAGCGAAAUUCCCACCAUCAACCAGGCAAGCAGCACCAUGGCAGAGCCCAACACCAAGGCUUCUCUUUCACUCUCAGCCACAUCCUUGACAACCUUUUCCACGACGAGGAGGGUGGGCACAGAAGCAAAGACGGACACUGUGCCUACAAUGCCGGCUCAGGAAGGGAGCUCGCCUGCGCCGUCAGCUGGGACCGAGGCAACGAGCCCUGCCUUCCCAACGACGAGGAGCCAAGCCACUGCCACCGGUGUGGGCACAGCGAGUGCCAGUGCUGCCUCCGUCUCUCCCAGCCCCAGCUCGGCAGCCACGAGCCACUCGUCCUCCUCUCCUGCGGGCUCCUCGGCCGCCACUCCCAACCCACAGAGAAGCAGCACAGGCGGCACCACUGAGUCCAGCUCGGCCACCACAUCCCACCCUUCCACGGCAAACGUCUCUUCCACGGCAAACGUGUCUCCCGCGCUUUCCUCCCAUCCUGGAACCUCCAGCGCUGGAUCGGGCGCUGUGACGGCAGAGGCGUCGACUCAGACCACAGCUCCCAGCACGUCCAGCCCCAAGCCGUCGGCAUCCACCUCCGGCACGUCCCCUGCCUCAGAUAACACCCAGGGCAGACCUUUCCCCACCCUGGCCAGCACCAUGGGGACACAGGCAGUGCGCCUCACUUCCACAACCGUCACGCAGCAGCAGGUCACGACGGAGCCUGGGGCCGCUUCGUCUUCCACGCGGAGCCCCUUCCCCAGCGUGGCCACGGCCUCUGCCACGAGCCUUACCGUCCAUCCUCCCAGCCAAAGCCAAAUUACCACCGUUAACCAGGGCAGCGGCACCACGGCUGAGCCCUACACCAAGACCUCUCUUUCCCCCUCGGCCACAGCGCAGACAAGCCUUUCCACAACAAGGUUGGAGGGCACACGAGCAAAGACGGAGACCGUGCCCAUGACACCGACUCAGAAACGGAGCUCGCCCACGGUGCCUACCGGGACGCAGGCAGCCAGUCCCACCUUCCCAACAACGAGGCCCCAUGCCGCUGCCACCAGCACGGGCACAGCCAGUGCCAGUGCUGCCUCCGUCUCUCCCAGCCCCAGCUCGGCGGCCACGAGCCACUCGUCCUCCUCUCCUGCGGGCCCCUCAGCCGCCACUCCCAACCCACAGAGAAGCACCGCCAGCGGCACCACUGAGUCCAGCUCGGCCACCCCAGCCCAACCCUCCACUGCAUUCGUGUCUUCCACGCCUUCCUCCACUCCUGGCUUAUCCGGCAUCGGAACGGGUGGUACGACAGAACAGGCAGCAACUCAAAGCGCAGCUCCCAGCCUCUCCACCUCUGAGCCAUCGGCAGCAGCCUCUGGCACGUCCCCAGCCUCACGGAACACCCAGGGCAGCCUUUCGUCCACGCAGGCCACCACCACGGAGAUGCAGUCUGGGCGCCUGACUUCCACAGCCGUCACGCGGGGGAAGGGCACGACGGAGCCUGGGGACACUGCAUCUCCUACACGGAGCCCCUUGCCCACAGCGACAACGGCCGCUGCCACCAGCAUCGACACGACUCCUCGCAGCCAAAGCGAAAUUCCCACCAUCAACCAGGCAAGCAGCACCAUGGCAGAGCCCAACACCAAGGCUUCUCUUUCACUCUCAGCCACAUCCUUGACAACCUUUUCCACGACGAGGAGGGUGGGCACAGAAGCAAAGACGGACACUGUGCCUACCAUGCCGGCUCAGGAAGGGAGCUCGCCUGCGCCGUCAGCUGGGACCGAGGCAACGAGCCCUGCCUUCCCAACGACGAGGAGCCAAGCCACUGCCACCGGUGUGGGCACAGCGAGUGCCAGUGCUGCCUCCGUCUCUCCCAGCCCCAGCUCGGCAGCCACGAGCCACUCGUCCUCCUCUCCUGCGGGCUCCUCGGCCGCCACUCCCAACCCACAGAGAAGCAGCACAGGCGGCACCACUGAGUCCAGCUCGGCCACCACAUCCCACCCUUCCACGGCAAACGUCUCUUCCACGGCAAACGUGUCUCCCGUGCUUUCCUCCCAUCCUGGAACCUCCAGCGCUGGAUCGGGCGCUGUGACGGCAGAGGCGUCGACUCAGACCACAGCUCCCAGCACGUCCAGCCCCAAGCCGUCGGCAUCCACCUCCGGCACGUCCCCUGCCUCAGAUAACACCCAGGGCAGACCUUUCCCCACCCUGGCCAGCACCAUGGGGACACAGGCAGUGCGCCUCACUUCCACAACCGUCACGCAGCAGCAGGUCACGACGGAGCCUGGGGCCGCUUCGUCUUCCACGCGGAGCCCCUUCCCCAGCGUGGCCACGGCCUCUGCCACGAGCCUUACCGUCCAUCCUCCCAGCCAAAGCCAAAUUACCACCGUUAACCAGGGCAGCGGCACCACGGCUGAGCCCUACACCAAGACCUCUCUUUCCCCCUCGGCCACAGCGCAGACAAGCCUUUCCACAACAAGGUUGGAGGGCACACGAGCAAAGACGGAGACCGUGCCCAUGACACCGACUCAGAAACGGAGCUCGCCCACGGUGCCUACCGGGACGCAGGCAGCCAGUCCCACCUUCCCAACAACGAGGCCCCAUGCCGCUGCCACCAGCACGGGCACAGCCAGUGCCAGUGCUGCCUCCGUCUCUCCCAGCCCCAGCUCGGCGGCCACGAGCCACUCGUCCUCCUCUCCUGCGGGCCCCUCAGCCGCCACUCCCAACCCACAGAGAAGCACCGCCAGCGGCACCACUGAGUCCAGCUCGGCCACCCCAGCCCAACCCUCCACUGCAUUCGUGUCUUCCACGCCUUCCUCCACUCCUGGCUUAUCCGGCAUCGGAACGGGUGGUACGACAGAACAGGCAGCAACUCAAAGCGCAGCUCCCAGCCUCUCCACCUCCGAGCCAUCGGCAGCAGCCUCUGGCACGUCCCCAGCCUCACGGAACACCCAGGGCAGCCUUUCGUCCACGCAGGCCACCACCACGGAGAUGCAGUCUGGGCGCCUGACUUCCACAGCCGUCACGCGGGGGAAGGGCACGACGGAGCCUGGGGACACUGCAUCUCCUACACGGAGCCCCUUGCCCACAGCGACAACGGCCGCUGCCACCAGCAUCGACACGACUCCUCGCAGCCAAAGCGAAAUUCCCACCAUCAACCAGGCAAGCAGCACCAUGGCAGAGCCCAACACCAAGGCUUCUCUUUCACUCUCAGCCACAUCCUUGACAACCUUUUCCACGACGAGGAGGGUGGGCACAGAAGCAAAGACGGACACUGUGCCUACAAUGCCGGCUCAGGAAGGGAGCUCGCCUGCGCCGUCAGCUGGGACCGAGGCAACGAGCCCUGCCUUCCCAACGACGAGGAGCCAAGCCACUGCCACCGGUGUGGGCACAGCGAGUGCCAGUGCUGCCUCCGUCUCUCCCAGCCCCAGCUCGGCAGCCACGAGCCACUCGUCCUCCUCUCCUGCGGGCUCCUCGGCCGCCACUCCCAACCCACAGAGAAGCAGCACAGGCGGCACCACUGAGUCCAGCUCGGCCACCACAUCCCACCCUUCCACGGCAAACGUCUCUUCCACGGCAAACGUGUCUCCCGCGCUUUCCUCCCAUCCUGGAACCUCCAGCGCUGGAUCGGGCGCUGUGACGGCAGAGGCGUCGACUCAGACCACAGCUCCCAGCACGUCCAGCCCCAAGCCGUCGGCAUCCACCUCCGGCACGUCCCCUGCCUCAGAUAACACCCAGGGCAGACCUUUCCCCACCCUGGCCAGCACCAUGGGGACACAGGCAGUGCGCCUCACUUCCACAACCGUCACGCAGCAGCAGGUCACGACGGAGCCUGGGGCCGCUUCGUCUUCCACGCGGAGCCCCUUCCCCAGCGUGGCCACGGCCUCUGCCACGAGCCUUACCGUCCAUCCUCCCAGCCAAAGCCAAAUUACCACCGUUAACCAGGGCAGCGGCACCACGGCUGAGCCCUACACCAAGACCUCUCUUUCCCCCUCGGCCACAGCGCAGACAAGCCUUUCCACAACAAGGUUGGAGGGCACACGAGCAAAGACGGAGACCGUGCCCAUGACACCGACUCAGAAACGGAGCUCGCCCACGGUGCCUACCGGGACACAGGCAGCCAGUCCCACCUUCCCAACAACGAGGCCCCAUGCCGCUGCCACCAGCACGGGCACAGCCAGUGCCAGUGCUGCCUCCGUCUCUCCCAGCCCCAGCUCGGCGGCCACGAGCCACUCGUCCUCCUCUCCUGCGGGCCCCUCAGCCGCCACUCCCAACCCACAGAGAAGCACCGCCAGCGGCACCACUGAGUCCAGCUCGGCCACCCCAGCCCAACCCUCCACUGCAUUCGUGUCUUCCACGCCUUCCUCCACUCCUGGCUUAUCCGGCAUCGGAACGGGUGGUACGACAGAACAGGCAGCAACUCAAAGCGCAGCUCCCAGCCUCUCCACCUCCGAGCCAUCGGCAGCAGCCUCUGGCACGUCCCCAGCCUCACGGAACACCCAGGGCAGCCUUUCGUCCACGCAGGCCACCACCACGGAGAUGCAGUCUGGGCGCCUGACUUCCACAGCCGUCACGCGGGGGAAGGGCACGACGGAGCCUGGGGACACUGCAUCUCCUACACGGAGCCCCUUGCCCACAGCGACAACGGCCGCUGCCACCAGCAUCGACACGACUCCUCGCAGCCAAAGCGAAAUUCCCACCAUCAACCAGGCAAGCAGCACCAUGGCAGAGCCCAACACCAAGGCUUCUCUUUCACUCUCAGCCACAUCCUUGACAACCUUUUCCACGACGAGGAGGGUGGGCACAGAAGCAAAGACGGACACUGUGCCUACAAUGCCGGCUCAGGAAGGGAGCUCGCCUGCGCCGUCAGCUGGGACCGAGGCAACGAGCCCUGCCUUCCCAACGACGAGGAGCCAAGCCACUGCCACCGGUGUGGGCACAGCGAGUGCCAGUGCUGCCUCCGUCUCUCCCAGCCCCAGCUCGGCAGCCACGAGCCACUCGUCCUCCUCUCCUGCGGGCUCCUCGGCCGCCACUCCCAACCCACAGAGAAGCAGCACAGGCGGCACCACUGAGUCCAGCUCGGCCACCACAUCCCACCCUUCCACGGCAAACGUCUCUUCCACGGCAAACGUGUCUCCCGCGCUUUCCUCCCAUCCUGGAACCUCCAGCGCUGGAUCGGGCGCUGUGACGGCAGAGGCGUCGACUCAGACCACAGCUCCCAGCACGUCCAGCCCCAAGCCGUCGGCAUCCACCUCCGGCACGUCCCCUGCCUCAGAUAACACCCAGGGCAGACCUUUCCCCACCCUGGCCAGCACCAUGGGGACACAGGCAGUGCGCCUCACUUCCACAACCGUCACGCAGCAGCAGGUCACGACGGAGCCUGGGGCCGCUUCGUCUUCCACGCGGAGCCCCUUCCCCAGCGUGGCCACGGCCUCUGCCACGAGCCUUACCGUCCAUCCUCCCAGCCAAAGCCAAAUUACCACCGUUAACCAGGGCAGCGGCACCACGGCUGAGCCCUACACCAAGACCUCUCUUUCCCCCUCGGCCACAGCGCAGACAAGCCUUUCCACAACAAGGUUGGAGGGCACACGAGCAAAGACGGAGACCGUGCCCAUGACACCGACUCAGAAACGGAGCUCGCCCACGGUGCCUACCGGGACGCAGGCAGCCAGUCCCACCUUCCCAACAACGAGGCCCCAUGCCGCUGCCACCAGCACGGGCACAGCCAGUGCCAGUGCUGCCUCCGUCUCUCCCAGCCCCAGCUCGGCGGCCACGAGCCACUCGUCCUCCUCUCCUGCGGGCCCCUCAGCCGCCACUCCCAACCCACAGAGAAGCACCGCCAGCGGCACCACUGAGUCCAGCUCGGCCACCCCAGCCCAACCCUCCACUGCAUUCGUGUCUUCCACGCCUUCCUCCACUCCUGGCUUAUCCGGCAUCGGAACGGGUGGUACGACAGAACAGGCAGCAACUCAAAGCGCAGCUCCCAGCCUCUCCACCUCCGAGCCAUCGGCAGCAGCCUCUGGCACGUCCCCAGCCUCACGGAACACCCAGGGCAGCCUUUCGUCCACGCAGGCCACCACCACGGAGAUGCAGUCUGGGCGCCUGACUUCCACAGCCGUCACGCGGGGGAAGGGCACGACGGAGCCUGGGGACACUGCAUCUCCUACACGGAGCCCCUUGCCCACAGCGACAACGGCCGCUGCCACCAGCAUCGACACGACUCCUCGCAGCCAAAGCGAAAUUCCCACCAUCAACCAGGCAAGCAGCACCAUGGCAGAGCCCAACACCAAGGCUUCUCUUUCACUCUCAGCCACAUCCUUGACAACCUUUUCCACGACGAGGAGGGUGGGCACAGAAGCAAAGACGGACACUGUGCCUACAAUGCCGGCUCAGGAAGGGAGCUCGCCUGCGCCGUCAGCUGGGACCGAGGCAACGAGCCCUGCCUUCCCAACGACGAGGAGCCAAGCCACUGCCACCGGUGUGGGCACAGCGAGUGCCAGUGCUGCCUCCGUCUCUCCCAGCCCCAGCUCGGCAGCCACGAGCCACUCGUCCUCCUCUCCUGCGGGCUCCUCGGCCGCCACUCCCAACCCACAGAGAAGCAGCACAGGCGGCACCACUGAGUCCAGCUCGGCCACCACAUCCCACCCUUCCACGGCAAACGUCUCUUCCACGGCAAACGUGUCUCCCGCGCUUUCCUCCCAUCCUGGAACCUCCAGCGCUGGAUCGGGCGCUGUGACGGCAGAGGCGUCGACUCAGACCACAGCUCCCAGCACGUCCAGCCCCAAGCCGUCGGCAUCCACCUCCGGCACGUCCCCUGCCUCAGAUAACACCCAGGGCAGACCUUUCCCCACCCUGGCCAGCACCAUGGGGACACAGGCAGUGCGCCUCACUUCCACAACCGUCACGCAGCAGCAGGUCACGACGGAGCCUGGGGCCGCUUCGUCUUCCACGCGGAGCCCCUUCCCCAGCGUGGCCACGGCCUCUGCCACGAGCCUUACCGUCCAUCCUCCCAGCCAAAGCCAAAUUACCACCGUUAACCAGGGCAGCGGCACCACGGCUGAGCCCUACACCAAGACCUCUCUUUCCCCCUCGGCCACAGCGCAGACAAGCCUUUCCACAACAAGGUUGGAGGGCACACGAGCAAAGACGGAGACCGUGCCCAUGACACCGACUCAGAAACGGAGCUCGCCCACGGUGCCUACCGGGACGCAGGCAGCCAGUCCCACCUUCCCAACAACGAGGCCCCAUGCCGCUGCCACCAGCACGGGCACAGCCAGUGCCAGUGCUGCCUCCGUCUCUCCCAGCCCCAGCUCGGCGGCCACGAGCCACUCGUCCUCCUCUCCUGCGGGCCCCUCAGCCGCCACUCCCAACCCACAGAGAAGCACCGCCAGCGGCACCACUGAGUCCAGCUCGGCCACCCCAGCCCAACCCUCCACUGCAUUCGUGUCUUCCACGCCUUCCUCCACUCCUGGCUUAUCCGGCAUCGGAACGGGUGGUACGACAGAACAGGCAGCAACUCAAAGCGCAGCUCCCAGCCUCUCCACCUCCGAGCCAUCGGCAGCAGCCUCUGGCACGUCCCCAGCCUCACGGAACACCCAGGGCAGCCUUUCGUCCACGCAGGCCACCACCACGGAGAUGCAGUCUGGGCGCCUGACUUCCACAGCCGUCACGCGGGGGAAGGGCACGACGGAGCCUGGGGACACUGCAUCUCCUACACGGAGCCCCUUGCCCACAGCGACAACGGCCGCUGCCACCAGCAUCGACACGACUCCUCGCAGCCAAAGCGAAAUUCCCACCAUCAACCAGGCAAGCAGCACCAUGGCAGAGCCCAACACCAAGGCUUCUCUUUCACUCUCAGCCACAUCCUUGACAACCUUUUCCACGACGAGGAGGGUGGGCACAGAAGCAAAGACGGACACUGUGCCUACAAUGCCGGCUCAGGAAGGGAGCUCGCCUGCGCCGUCAGCUGGGACCGAGGCAACGAGCCCUGCCUUCCCAACGACGAGGAGCCAAGCCACUGCCACCGGUGUGGGCACAGCGAGUGCCAGUGCUGCCUCCGUCUCUCCCAGCCCCAGCUCGGCAGCCACGAGCCACUCGUCCUCCUCUCCUGCGGGCUCCUCGGCCGCCACUCCCAACCCACAGAGAAGCAGCACAGGCGGCACCACUGAGUCCAGCUCGGCCACCACAUCCCACCCUUCCACGGCAAACGUCUCUUCCACGGCAAACGUGUCUCCCGCGCUUUCCUCCCAUCCUGGAACCUCCAGCGCUGGAUCGGGCGCUGUGACGGCAGAGGCGUCGACUCAGACCACAGCUCCCAGCACGUCCAGCCCCAAGCCGUCGGCAUCCACCUCCGGCACGUCCCCUGCCUCAGAUAACACCCAGGGCAGACCUUUCCCCACCCUGGCCAGCACCAUGGGGACACAGGCAGUGCGCCUCACUUCCACAACCGUCACGCAGCAGCAGGUCACGACGGAGCCUGGGGCCGCUUCGUCUUCCACGCGGAGCCCCUUCCCCAGCGUGGCCACGGCCUCUGCCACGAGCCUUACCGUCCAUCCUCCCAGCCAAAGCCAAAUUACCACCGUUAACCAGGGCAGCGGCACCACGGCUGAGCCCUACACCAAGACCUCUCUUUCCCCCUCGGCCACAGCGCAGACAAGCCUUUCCACAACAAGGUUGGAGGGCACACGAGCAAAGACGGAGACCGUGCCCAUGACACCGACUCAGAAACGGAGCUCGCCCACGGUGCCUACCGGGACGCAGGCAGCCAGUCCCACCUUCCCAACAACGAGGCCCCAUGCCGCUGCCACCAGCACGGGCACAGCCAGUGCCAGUGCUGCCUCCGUCUCUCCCAGCCCCAGCUCGGCGGCCACGAGCCACUCGUCCUCCUCUCCUGCGGGCCCCUCAGCCGCCACUCCCAACCCACAGAGAAGCACCGCCAGCGGCACCACUGAGUCCAGCUCGGCCACCCCAGCCCAACCCUCCACUGCAUUCGUGUCUUCCACGCCUUCCUCCACUCCUGGCUUAUCCGGCAUCGGAACGGGUGGUACGACAGAACAGGCAGCAACUCAAAGCGCAGCUCCCAGCCUCUCCACCUCCGAGCCAUCGGCAGCAGCCUCUGGCACGUCCCCAGCCUCACGGAACACCCAGGGCAGCCUUUCGUCCACGCAGGCCACCACCACGGAGAUGCAGUCUGGGCGCCUGACUUCCACAGCCGUCACGCGGGGGAAGGGCACGACGGAGCCUGGGGACACUGCAUCUCCUACACGGAGCCCCUUGCCCACAGCGACAACGGCCGCUGCCACCAGCAUCGACACGACUCCUCGCAGCCAAAGCGAAAUUCCCACCAUCAACCAGGCAAGCAGCACCAUGGCAGAGCCCAACACCAAGGCUUCUCUUUCACUCUCAGCCACAUCCUUGACAACCUUUUCCACGACGAGGAGGGUGGGCACAGAAGCAAAGACGGACACUGUGCCUACAAUGCCGGCUCAGGAAGGGAGCUCGCCUGCGCCGUCAGCUGGGACCGAGGCAACGAGCCCUGCCUUCCCAACGACGAGGAGCCAAGCCACUGCCACCGGUGUGGGCACAGCGAGUGCCAGUGCUGCCUCCGUCUCUCCCAGCCCCAGCUCGGCAGCCACGAGCCACUCGUCCUCCUCUCCUGCGGGCUCCUCGGCCGCCACUCCCAACCCACAGAGAAGCAGCACAGGCGGCACCACUGAGUCCAGCUCGGCCACCACAUCCCACCCUUCCACGGCAAACGUCUCUUCCACGGCAAACGUGUCUCCCGCGCUUUCCUCCCAUCCUGGAACCUCCAGCGCUGGAUCGGGCGCUGUGACGGCAGAGGCGUCGACUCAGACCACAGCUCCCAGCACGUCCAGCCCCAAGCCGUCGGCAUCCACCUCCGGCACGUCCCCUGCCUCAGAUAACACCCAGGGCAGACCUUUCCCCACCCUGGCCAGCACCAUGGGGACACAGGCAGUGCGCCUCACUUCCACAACCGUCACGCAGCAGCAGGUCACGACGGAGCCUGGGGCCGCUUCGUCUUCCACGCGGAGCCCCUUCCCCAGCGUGGCCACGGCCUCUGCCACGAGCCUUACCGUCCAUCCUCCCAGCCAAAGCCAAAUUACCACCGUUAACCAGGGCAGCGGCACCACGGCUGAGCCCUACACCAAGACCUCUCUUUCCCCCUCGGCCACAGCGCAGACAAGCCUUUCCACAACAAGGUUGGAGGGCACACGAGCAAAGACGGAGACCGUGCCCAUGACACCGACUCAGAAACGGAGCUCGCCCACGGUGCCUACCGGGACGCAGGCAGCCAGUCCCACCUCCCCAACAACGAGGCCCCAUGCCGCUGCCACCAGCACGGGCACAGCCAGUGCCAGUGCUGCCUCCGUCUCUCCCAGCCCCAGCUCGGCGGCCACGAGCCACUCGUCCUCCUCUCCUGCGGGCCCCUCAGCCGCCACUCCCAACCCACAGAGAAGCACCGCCAGCGGCACCACUGAGUCCAGCUCGGCCACCCCAGCCCAACCCUCCACUGCAUUCGUGUCUUCCACGCCUUCCUCCACUCCUGGCUUAUCCGGCAUCGGAACGGGUGGUACGACAGAACAGGCAGCAACUCAAAGCGCAGCUCCCAGCCUCUCCACCUCCGAGCCAUCGGCAGCAGCCUCUGGCACGUCCCCAGCCUCACGGAACACCCAGGGCAGCCUUUCGUCCACGCAGGCCACCACCACGGAGAUGCAGUCUGGGCGCCUGACUUCCACAGCCGUCACGCGGGGGAAGGGCACGACGGAGCCUGGGGACACUGCAUCUCCUACACGGAGCCCCUUGCCCACAGCGACAACGGCCGCUGCCACCAGCAUCGACACGACUCCUCGCAGCCAAAGCGAAAUUCCCACCAUCAACCAGGCAAGCAGCACCAUGGCAGAGCCCAACACCAAGGCUUCUCUUUCACUCUCAGCCACAUCCUUGACAACCUUUUCCACGACGAGGAGGGUGGGCACAGAAGCAAAGACGGACACUGUGCCUACAAUGCCGGCUCAGGAAGGGAGCUCGCCUGCGCCGUCAGCUGGGACCGAGGCAACGAGCCCUGCCUUCCCAACGACGAGGAGCCAAGCCACUGCCACCGGUGUGGGCACAGCGAGUGCCAGUGCUGCCUCCGUCUCUCCCAGCCCCAGCUCGGCAGCCACGAGCCACUCGUCCUCCUCUCCUGCGGGCUCCUCGGCCGCCACUCCCAACCCACAGAGAAGCAGCACAGGCGGCACCACUGAGUCCAGCUCGGCCACCACAUCCCACCCUUCCACGGCAAACGUCUCUUCCACGGCAAACGUGUCUCCCGCGCUUUCCUCCCAUCCUGGAACCUCCAGCGCUGGAUCGGGCGCUGUGACGGCAGAGGCGUCGACUCAGACCACAGCUCCCAGCACGUCCAGCCCCAAGCCGUCGGCAUCCACCUCCGGCACGUCCCCUGCCUCAGAUAACACCCAGGGCAGACCUUUCCCCACCCUGGCCAGCACCAUGGGGACACAGGCAGUGCGCCUCACUUCCACAACCGUCACGCAGCAGCAGGUCACGACGGAGCCUGGGGCCGCUUCGUCUUCCACGCGGAGCCCCUUCCCCAGCGUGGCCACGGCCUCUGCCACGAGCCUUACCGUCCAUCCUCCCAGCCAAAGCCAAAUUACCACCGUUAACCAGGGCAGCGGCACCACGGCUGAGCCCUACACCAAGACCUCUCUUUCCCCCUCGGCCACAGCGCAGACAAGCCUUUCCACAACAAGGUUGGAGGGCACACGAGCAAAGACGGAGACCGUGCCCAUGACACCGACUCAGAAACGGAGCUCGCCCACGGUGCCUACCGGGACGCAGGCAGCCAGUCCCACCUCCCCAACAACGAGGCCCCAUGCCGCUGCCACCAGCACGGGCACAGCCAGUGCCAGUGCUGCCUCCGUCUCUCCCAGCCCCAGCUCGGCGGCCACGAGCCACUCGUCCUCCUCUCCUGCGGGCCCCUCAGCCGCCACUCCCAACCCACAGAGAAGCACCGCCAGCGGCACCACUGAGUCCAGCUCGGCCACCCCAGCCCAACCCUCCACUGCAUUCGUGUCUUCCACGCCUUCCUCCACUCCUGGCUUAUCCGGCAUCGGAACGGGUGGUACGACAGAACAGGCAGCAACUCAAAGCGCAGCUCCCAGCCUCUCCACCUCCGAGCCAUCGGCAGCAGCCUCUGGCACGUCCCCAGCCUCACGGAACACCCAGGGCAGCCUUUCGUCCACGCAGGCCACCACCACGGAGAUGCAGUCUGGGCGCCUGACUUCCACAGCCGUCACGCGGGGGAAGGGCACGACGGAGCCUGGGGACACUGCAUCUCCUACACGGAGCCCCUUGCCCACAGCGACAACGGCCGCUGCCACCAGCAUCGACACGACUCCUCGCAGCCAAAGCGAAAUUCCCACCAUCAACCAGGCAAGCAGCACCAUGGCAGAGCCCAACACCAAGGCUUCUCUUUCACUCUCAGCCACAUCCUUGACAACCUUUUCCACGACGAGGAGGGUGGGCACAGAAGCAAAGACGGACACUGUGCCUACAAUGCCGGCUCAGGAAGGGAGCUCGCCUGCGCCGUCAGCUGGGACCGAGGCAACGAGCCCUGCCUUCCCAACGACGAGGAGCCAAGCCACUGCCACCGGUGUGGGCACAGCGAGUGCCAGUGCUGCCUCCGUCUCUCCCAGCCCCAGCUCGGCAGCCACGAGCCACUCGUCCUCCUCUCCUGCGGGCUCCUCGGCCGCCACUCCCAACCCACAGAGAAGCAGCACAGGCGGCACCACUGAGUCCAGCUCGGCCACCACAUCCCACCCUUCCACGGCAAACGUCUCUUCCACGGCAAACGUGUCUCCCGCGCUUUCCUCCCAUCCUGGAACCUCCAGCGCUGGAUCGGGCGCUGUGACGGCAGAGGCGUCGACUCAGACCACAGCUCCCAGCACGUCCAGCCCCAAGCCGUCGGCAUCCACCUCCGGCACGUCCCCUGCCUCAGAUAACACCCAGGGCAGACCUUUCCCCACCCUGGCCAGCACCAUGGGGACACAGGCAGUGCGCCUCACUUCCACAACCGUCACGCAGCAGCAGGUCACGACGGAGCCUGGGGCCGCUUCGUCUUCCACGCGGAGCCCCUUCCCCAGCGUGGCCACGGCCUCUGCCACGAGCCUUACCGUCCAUCCUCCCAGCCAAAGCCAAAUUACCACCGUUAACCAGGGCAGCGGCACCACGGCUGAGCCCUACACCAAGACCUCUCUUUCCCCCUCGGCCACAGCGCAGACAAGCCUUUCCACAACAAGGUUGGAGGGCACACGAGCAAAGACGGAGACCGUGCCCAUGACACCGACUCAGAAACGGAGCUCGCCCACGGUGCCUACCGGGACGCAGGCAGCCAGUCCCACCUCCCCAACAACGAGGCCCCAUGCCGCUGCCACCAGCACGGGCACAGCCAGUGCCAGUGCUGCCUCCGUCUCUCCCAGCCCCAGCUCGGCGGCCACGAGCCACUCGUCCUCCUCUCCUGCGGGCCCCUCAGCCGCCACUCCCAACCCACAGAGAAGCACCGCCAGCGGCACCACUGAGUCCAGCUCGGCCACCCCAGCCCAACCCUCCACUGCAUUCGUGUCUUCCACGCCUUCCUCCACUCCUGGCUUAUCCGGCAUCGGAACGGGUGGUACGACAGAACAGGCAGCAACUCAAAGCGCAGCUCCCAGCCUCUCCACCUCCGAGCCAUCGGCAGCAGCCUCUGGCACGUCCCCAGCCUCACGGAACACCCAGGGCAGCCUUUCGUCCACGCAGGCCACCACCACGGAGAUGCAGUCUGGGCGCCUGACUUCCACAGCCGUCACGCGGGGGAAGGGCACGACGGAGCCUGGGGACACUGCAUCUCCUACACGGAGCCCCUUGCCCACAGCGACAACGGCCGCUGCCACCAGCAUCGACACGACUCCUCGCAGCCAAAGCGAAAUUCCCACCAUCAACCAGGCAAGCAGCACCAUGGCAGAGCCCAACACCAAGGCUUCUCUUUCACUCUCAGCCACAUCCUUGACAACCUUUUCCACGACGAGGAGGGUGGGCACAGAAGCAAAGACGGACACUGUGCCUACAAUGCCGGCUCAGGAAGGGAGCUCGCCUGCGCCGUCAGCUGGGACCGAGGCAACGAGCCCUGCCUUCCCAACGACGAGGAGCCAAGCCACUGCCACCGGUGUGGGCACAGCGAGUGCCAGUGCUGCCUCCGUCUCUCCCAGCCCCAGCUCGGCAGCCACGAGCCACUCGUCCUCCUCUCCUGCGGGCUCCUCGGCCGCCACUCCCAACCCACAGAGAAGCAGCACAGGCGGCACCACUGAGUCCAGCUCGGCCACCACAUCCCACCCUUCCACGGCAAACGUCUCUUCCACGGCAAACGUGUCUCCCGCGCUUUCCUCCCAUCCUGGAACCUCCAGCGCUGGAUCGGGCGCUGUGACGGCAGAGGCGUCGACUCAGACCACAGCUCCCAGCACGUCCAGCCCCAAGCCGUCGGCAUCCACCUCCGGCACGUCCCCUGCCUCAGAUAACACCCAGGGCAGACCUUUCCCCACCCUGGCCAGCACCAUGGGGACACAGGCAGUGCGCCUCACUUCCACAACCGUCACGCAGCAGCAGGUCACGACGGAGCCUGGGGCCGCUUCGUCUUCCACGCGGAGCCCCUUCCCCAGCGUGGCCACGGCCUCUGCCACGAGCCUUACCGUCCAUCCUCCCAGCCAAAGCCAAAUUACCACCGUUAACCAGGGCAGCGGCACCACGGCUGAGCCCUACACCAAGACCUCUCUUUCCCCCUCGGCCACAGCGCAGACAAGCCUUUCCACAACAAGGUUGGAGGGCACACGAGCAAAGACGGAGACCGUGCCCAUGACACCGACUCAGAAACGGAGCUCGCCCACGGUGCCUACCGGGACGCAGGCAGCCAGUCCCACCUCCCCAACAACGAGGCCCCAUGCCGCUGCCACCAGCACGGGCACAGCCAGUGCCAGUGCUGCCUCCGUCUCUCCCAGCCCCAGCUCGGCGGCCACGAGCCACUCGUCCUCCUCUCCUGCGGGCCCCUCAGCCGCCACUCCCAACCCACAGAGAAGCACCGCCAGCGGCACCACUGAGUCCAGCUCGGCCACCCCAGCCCAACCCUCCACUGCAUUCGUGUCUUCCACGCCUUCCUCCACUCCUGGCUUAUCCGGCAUCGGAACGGGUGGUACGACAGAACAGGCAGCAACUCAAAGCGCAGCUCCCAGCCUCUCCACCUCCGAGCCAUCGGCAGCAGCCUCUGGCACGUCCCCAGCCUCACGGAACACCCAGGGCAGCCUUUCGUCCACGCAGGCCACCACCACGGAGAUGCAGUCUGGGCGCCUGACUUCCACAGCCGUCACGCGGGGGAAGGGCACGACGGAGCCUGGGGACACUGCAUCUCCUACACGGAGCCCCUUGCCCACAGCGACAACGGCCGCUGCCACCAGCAUCGACACGACUCCUCGCAGCCAAAGCGAAAUUCCCACCAUCAACCAGGCAAGCAGCACCAUGGCAGAGCCCAACACCAAGGCUUCUCUUUCACUCUCAGCCACAUCCUUGACAACCUUUUCCACGACGAGGAGGGUGGGCACAGAAGCAAAGACGGACACUGUGCCUACAAUGCCGGCUCAGGAAGGGAGCUCGCCUGCGCCGUCAGCUGGGACCGAGGCAACGAGCCCUGCCUUCCCAACGACGAGGAGCCAAGCCACUGCCACCGGUGUGGGCACAGCGAGUGCCAGUGCUGCCUCCGUCUCUCCCAGCCCCAGCUCGGCAGCCACGAGCCACUCGUCCUCCUCUCCUGCGGGCUCCUCGGCCGCCACUCCCAACCCACAGAGAAGCAGCACAGGCGGCACCACUGAGUCCAGCUCGGCCACCACAUCCCACCCUUCCACGGCAAACGUCUCUUCCACGCGCUGGAUCGGGCGCUGUGACGGCAGAGGCGUCGACUCAGACCACAGCUCCCAGCACGUCCAGCCCCAAGCCGUCGGCAUCCACCUCCGGCACGUCCCUGCCUCAGAUAACACCCAGGGCAGACCUUUCCCCACCCUGGCCAGCACCAUGGGGACACAGGCAGUGCGCCUCACUUCCACAACCGUCACGCAGCAGCAGGUCACGACGGAGCCUGGGGCCGCUUCGUCUUCCACGCGGAGCCCCUUCCCCAGCGUGGCCACGGCCUCUGCCACGAGCCUUACCGUCCAUCCUCCCAGCCAAAGCCAAAUUACCACCGUUAACCAGGGCAGCGGCACCACGGCUGAGCCCUACACCAAGACCUCUCUUUCCCCCUCGGCCACAGCGCAGACAAGCCUUUCCACAACAAGGUUGGAGGGCACACGAGCAAAGACGGAGACCGUGCCCAUGACACCGACUCAGAAACGGAGCUCGCCCACGGUGCCUACCGGGACGCAGGCAGCCAGUCCCACCUCCCCAACAACGAGGCCCCAUGCCGCUGCCACCAGCACGGGCACAGCCAGUGCCAGUGCUGCCUCCGUCUCUCCCAGCCCCAGCUCGGCGGCCACGAGCCACUCGUCCUCCUCUCCUGCGGGCCCCUCAGCCGCCACUCCCAACCCACAGAGAAGCACCGCCAGCGGCACCACUGAGUCCAGCUCGGCCACCCCAGCCCAACCCUCCACUGCAUUCGUGUCUUCCACGCCUUCCUCCACUCCUGGCUUAUCCGGCAUCGGAACGGGUGGUACGACAGAACAGGCAGCAACUCAAAGCGCAGCUCCCAGCCUCUCCACCUCCGAGCCAUCGGCAGCAGCCUCUGGCACGUCCCCAGCCUCACGGAACACCCAGGGCAGCCUUUCGUCCACGCAGGCCACCACCACGGAGAUGCAGUCUGGGCGCCUGACUUCCACAGCCGUCACGCGGGGGAAGGGCACGACGGAGCCUGGGGACACUGCAUCUCCUACACGGAGCCCCUUGCCCACAGCGACAACGGCCGCUGCCACCAGCAUCGACACGACUCCUCGCAGCCAAAGCGAAAUUCCCACCAUCAACCAGGCAAGCAGCACCAUGGCAGAGCCCAACACCAAGGCUUCUCUUUCACUCUCAGCCACAUCCUUGACAACCUUUUCCACGACGAGGAGGGUGGGCACAGAAGCAAAGACGGACACUGUGCCUACAAUGCCGGCUCAGGAAGGGAGCUCGCCUGCGCCGUCAGCUGGGACCGAGGCAACGAGCCCUGCCUUCCCAACGACGAGGAGCCAAGCCACUGCCACCGGUGUGGGCACAGCGAGUGCCAGUGCUGCCUCCGUCUCUCCCAGCCCCAGCUCGGCAGCCACGAGCCACUCGUCCUCCUCUCCUGCGGGCUCCUCGGCCGCCACUCCCAACCCACAGAGAAGCAGCACAGGCGGCACCACUGAGUCCAGCUCGGCCACCACAUCCCACCCUUCCACGGCAAACGUCUCUUCCACGGCAAACGUGUCUCCCGCGCUUUCCUCCCAUCCUGGAACCUCCAGCGCUGGAUCGGGCGCUGUGACGGCAGAGGCGUCGACUCAGACCACAGCUCCCAGCACGUCCAGCCCCAAGCCGUCGGCAUCCACCUCCGGCACGUCCCCUGCCUCAGAUAACACCCAGGGCAGACCUUUCCCCACCCUGGCCAGCACCAUGGGGACACAGGCAGUGCGCCUCACUUCCACAACCGUCACGCAGCAGCAGGUCACGACGGAGCCUGGGGCCGCUUCGUCUUCCACGCGGAGCCCCUUCCCCAGCGUGGCCACGGCCUCUGCCACGAGCCUUACCGUCCAUCCUCCCAGCCAAAGCCAAAUUACCACCGUUAACCAGGGCAGCGGCACCACGGCUGAGCCCUACACCAAGACCUCUCUUUCCCCCUCGGCCACAGCGCAGACAAGCCUUUCCACAACAAGGUUGGAGGGCACACGAGCAAAGACGGAGACCGUGCCCAUGACACCGACUCAGAAACGGAGCUCGCCCACGGUGCCUACCGGGACACAGGCAGCCAGUCCCACCUUCCCAACAACGAGGCCCCAUGCCGCUGCCACCAGCACGGGCACAGCCAGUGCCAGUGCUGCCUCCGUCUCUCCCAGCCCCAGCUCGGCGGCCACGAGCCACUCGUCCUCCUCUCCUGCGGGCCCCUCAGCCGCCACUCCCAACCCACAGAGAAGCACCGCCAGCGGCACCACUGAGUCCAGCUCGGCCACCCCAGCCCAACCCUCCACUGCAUUCGUGUCUUCCACGCCUUCCUCCACUCCUGGCUUAUCCGGCAUCGGAACGGGUGGUACGACAGAACAGGCAGCAACUCAAAGCGCAGCUCCCAGCCUCUCCACCUCCGAGCCAUCGGCAGCAGCCUCUGGCACGUCCCCAGCCUCACGGAACACCCAGGGCAGCCUUUCGUCCACGCAGGCCACCACCACGGAGAUGCAGUCUGGGCGCCUGACUUCCACAGCCGUCACGCGGGGGAAGGGCACGACGGAGCCUGGGGACACUGCAUCUCCUACACGGAGCCCCUUGCCCACAGCGACAACGGCCGCUGCCACCAGCAUCGACACGACUCCUCGCAGCCAAAGCGAAAUUCCCACCAUCAACCAGGCAAGCAGCACCAUGGCAGAGCCCAACACCAAGGCUUCUCUUUCACUCUCAGCCACAUCCUUGACAACCUUUUCCACGACGAGGAGGGUGGGCACAGAAGCAAAGACGGACACUGUGCCUACAAUGCCGGCUCAGGAAGGGAGCUCGCCUGCGCCGUCAGCUGGGACCGAGGCAACGAGCCCUGCCUUCCCAACGACGAGGAGCCAAGCCACUGCCACCGGUGUGGGCACAGCGAGUGCCAGUGCUGCCUCCGUCUCUCCCAGCCCCAGCUCGGCAGCCACGAGCCACUCGUCCUCCUCUCCUGCGGGCUCCUCGGCCGCCACUCCCAACCCACAGAGAAGCAGCACAGGCGGCACCACUGAGUCCAGCUCGGCCACCACAUCCCACCCUUCCACGGCAAACGUCUCUUCCACGGCAAACGUGUCUCCCGCGCUUUCCUCCCAUCCUGGAACCUCCAGCGCUGGAUCGGGCGCUGUGACGGCAGAGGCGUCGACUCAGACCACAGCUCCCAGCACGUCCAGCCCCAAGCCGUCGGCAUCCACCUCCGGCACGUCCCCUGCCUCAGAUAACACCCAGGGCAGACCUUUCCCCACCCUGGCCAGCACCAUGGGGACACAGGCAGUGCGCCUCACUUCCACAACCGUCACGCAGCAGCAGGUCACGACGGAGCCUGGGGCCGCUUCGUCUUCCACGCGGAGCCCCUUCCCCAGCGUGGCCACGGCCUCUGCCACGAGCCUUACCGUCCAUCCUCCCAGCCAAAGCCAAAUUACCACCGUUAACCAGGGCAGCGGCACCACGGCUGAGCCCUACACCAAGACCUCUCUUUCCCCCUCGGCCACAGCGCAGACAAGCCUUUCCACAACAAGGUUGGAGGGCACACGAGCAAAGACGGAGACCGUGCCCAUGACACCGACUCAGAAACGGAGCUCGCCCACGGUGCCUACCGGGACGCAGGCAGCCAGUCCCACCUUCCCAACAACGAGGCCCCAUGCCGCUGCCACCAGCACGGGCACAGCCAGUGCCAGUGCUGCCUCCGUCUCUCCCAGCCCCAGCUCGGCGGCCACGAGCCACUCGUCCUCCUCUCCUGCGGGCCCCUCAGCCGCCACUCCCAACCCACAGAGAAGCACCGCCAGCGGCACCACUGAGUCCAGCUCGGCCACCCCAGCCCAACCCUCCACUGCAUUCGUGUCUUCCACGCCUUCCUCCACUCCUGGCUUAUCCGGCAUCGGAACGGGUGGUACGACAGAACAGGCAGCAACUCAAAGCGCAGCUCCCAGCCUCUCCACCUCCGAGCCAUCGGCAGCAGCCUCUGGCACGUCCCCAGCCUCACGGAACACCCAGGGCAGCCUUUCGUCCACGCAGGCCACCACCACGGAGAUGCAGUCUGGGCGCCUGACUUCCACAGCCGUCACGCGGGGGAAGGGCACGACGGAGCCUGGGGACACUGCAUCUCCUACACGGAGCCCCUUGCCCACAGCGACAACGGCCGCUGCCACCAGCAUCGACACGACUCCUCGCAGCCAAAGCGAAAUUCCCACCAUCAACCAGGCAAGCAGCACCAUGGCAGAGCCCAACACCAAGGCUUCUCUUUCACUCUCAGCCACAUCCUUGACAACCUUUUCCACGACGAGGAGGGUGGGCACAGAAGCAAAGACGGACACUGUGCCUACAAUGCCGGCUCAGGAAGGGAGCUCGCCUGCGCCGUCAGCUGGGACCGAGGCAACGAGCCCUGCCUUCCCAACGACGAGGAGCCAAGCCACUGCCACCGGUGUGGGCACAGCGAGUGCCAGUGCUGCCUCCGUCUCUCCCAGCCCCAGCUCGGCAGCCACGAGCCACUCGUCCUCCUCUCCUGCGGGCUCCUCGGCCGCCACUCCCAACCCACAGAGAAGCAGCACAGGCGGCACCACUGAGUCCAGCUCGGCCACCACAUCCCACCCUUCCACGGCAAACGUCUCUUCCACGGCAAACGUGUCUCCCGCGCUUUCCUCCCAUCCUGGAACCUCCAGCGCUGGAUCGGGCGCUGUGACGGCAGAGGCGUCGACUCAGACCACAGCUCCCAGCACGUCCAGCCCCAAGCCGUCGGCAUCCACCUCCGGCACGUCCCCUGCCUCAGAUAACACCCAGGGCAGACCUUUCCCCACCCUGGCCAGCACCAUGGGGACACAGGCAGUGCGCCUCACUUCCACAACCGUCACGCAGCAGCAGGUCACGACGGAGCCUGGGGCCGCUUCGUCUUCCACGCGGAGCCCCUUCCCCAGCGUGGCCACGGCCUCUGCCACGAGCCUUACCGUCCAUCCUCCCAGCCAAAGCCAAAUUACCACCGUUAACCAGGGCAGCGGCACCACGGCUGAGCCCUACACCAAGACCUCUCUUUCCCCCUCGGCCACAGCGCAGACAAGCCUUUCCACAACAAGGUUGGAGGGCACACGAGCAAAGACGGAGACCGUGCCCAUGACACCGACUCAGAAACGGAGCUCGCCCACGGUGCCUACCGGGACGCAGGCAGCCAGUCCCACCUCCCCAACAACGAGGCCCCAUGCCGCUGCCACCAGCACGGGCACAGCCAGUGCCAGUGCUGCCUCCGUCUCUCCCAGCCCCAGCUCGGCGGCCACGAGCCACUCGUCCUCCUCUCCUGCGGGCCCCUCAGCCGCCACUCCCAACCCACAGAGAAGCACCGCCAGCGGCACCACUGAGUCCAGCUCGGCCACCCCAGCCCAACCCUCCACUGCAUUCGUGUCUUCCACGCCUUCCUCCACUCCUGGCUUAUCCGGCAUCGGAACGGGUGGUACGACAGAACAGGCAGCAACUCAAAGCGCAGCUCCCAGCCUCUCCACCUCCGAGCCAUCGGCAGCAGCCUCUGGCACGUCCCCAGCCUCACGGAACACCCAGGGCAGCCUUUCGUCCACGCAGGCCACCACCACGGAGAUGCAGUCUGGGCGCCUGACUUCCACAGCCGUCACGCGGGGGAAGGGCACGACGGAGCCUGGGGACACUGCAUCUCCUACACGGAGCCCCUUGCCCACAGCGACAACGGCCGCUGCCACCAGCAUCGACACGACUCCUCGCAGCCAAAGCGAAAUUCCCACCAUCAACCAGGCAAGCAGCACCAUGGCAGAGCCCAACACCAAGGCUUCUCUUUCACUCUCAGCCACAUCCUUGACAACCUUUUCCACGACGAGGAGGGUGGGCACAGAAGCAAAGACGGACACUGUGCCUACAAUGCCGGCUCAGGAAGGGAGCUCGCCUGCGCCGUCAGCUGGGACCGAGGCAACGAGCCCUGCCUUCCCAACGACGAGGAGCCAAGCCACUGCCACCGGUGUGGGCACAGCGAGUGCCAGUGCUGCCUCCGUCUCUCCCAGCCCCAGCUCGGCAGCCACGAGCCACUCGUCCUCCUCUCCUGCGGGCUCCUCGGCCGCCACUCCCAACCCACAGAGAAGCAGCACAGGCGGCACCACUGAGUCCAGCUCGGCCACCACAUCCCACCCUUCCACGGCAAACGUCUCUUCCACGGCAAACGUGUCUCCCGCGCUUUCCUCCCAUCCUGGAACCUCCAGCGCUGGAUCGGGCGCUGUGACGGCAGAGGCGUCGACUCAGACCACAGCUCCCAGCACGUCCAGCCCCAAGCCGUCGGCAUCCACCUCCGGCACGUCCCCUGCCUCAGAUAACACCCAGGGCAGACCUUUCCCCACCCUGGCCAGCACCAUGGGGACACAGGCAGUGCGCCUCACUUCCACAACCGUCACGCAGCAGCAGGUCACGACGGAGCCUGGGGCCGCUUCGUCUUCCACGCGGAGCCCCUUCCCCAGCGUGGCCACGGCCUCUGCCACGAGCCUUACCGUCCAUCCUCCCAGCCAAAGCCAAAUUACCACCGUUAACCAGGGCAGCGGCACCACGGCUGAGCCCUACACCAAGACCUCUCUUUCCCCCUCGGCCACAGCGCAGACAAGCCUUUCCACAACAAGGUUGGAGGGCACACGAGCAAAGACGGAGACCGUGCCCAUGACACCGACUCAGAAACGGAGCUCGCCCACGGUGCCUACCGGGACGCAGGCAGCCAGUCCCACCUCCCCAACAACGAGGCCCCAUGCCGCUGCCACCAGCACGGGCACAGCCAGUGCCAGUGCUGCCUCCGUCUCUCCCAGCCCCAGCUCGGCGGCCACGAGCCACUCGUCCUCCUCUCCUGCGGGCCCCUCAGCCGCCACUCCCAACCCACAGAGAAGCACCGCCAGCGGCACCACUGAGUCCAGCUCGGCCACCCCAGCCCAACCCUCCACUGCAUUCGUGUCUUCCACGCCUUCCUCCACUCCUGGCUUAUCCGGCAUCGGAACGGGUGGUACGACAGAACAGGCAGCAACUCAAAGCGCAGCUCCCAGCCUCUCCACCUCCGAGCCAUCGGCAGCAGCCUCUGGCACGUCCCCAGCCUCACGGAACACCCAGGGCAGCCUUUCGUCCACGCAGGCCACCACCACGGAGAUGCAGUCUGGGCGCCUGACUUCCACAGCCGUCACGCGGGGGAAGGGCACGACGGAGCCUGGGGACACUGCAUCUCCUACACGGAGCCCCUUGCCCACAGCGACAACGGCCGCUGCCACCAGCAUCGACACGACUCCUCGCAGCCAAAGCGAAAUUCCCACCAUCAACCAGGCAAGCAGCACCAUGGCAGAGCCCAACACCAAGGCUUCUCUUUCACUCUCAGCCACAUCCUUGACAACCUUUUCCACGACGAGGAGGGUGGGCACAGAAGCAAAGACGGACACUGUGCCUACAAUGCCGGCUCAGGAAGGGAGCUCGCCUGCGCCGUCAGCUGGGACCGAGGCAACGAGCCCUGCCUUCCCAACGACGAGGAGCCAAGCCACUGCCACCGGUGUGGGCACAGCGAGUGCCAGUGCUGCCUCCGUCUCUCCCAGCCCCAGCUCGGCAGCCACGAGCCACUCGUCCUCCUCUCCUGCGGGCUCCUCGGCCGCCACUCCCAACCCACAGAGAAGCAGCACAGGCGGCACCACUGAGUCCAGCUCGGCCACCACAUCCCACCCUUCCACGGCAAACGUCUCUUCCACGGCAAACGUGUCUCCCGCGCUUUCCUCCCAUCCUGGAACCUCCAGCGCUGGAUCGGGCGCUGUGACGGCAGAGGCGUCGACUCAGACCACAGCUCCCAGCACGUCCAGCCCCAAGCCGUCGGCAUCCACCUCCGGCACGUCCCCUGCCUCAGAUAACACCCAGGGCAGACCUUUCCCCACCCUGGCCAGCACCAUGGGGACACAGGCAGUGCGCCUCACUUCCACAACCGUCACGCAGCAGCAGGUCACGACGGAGCCUGGGGCCGCUUCGUCUUCCACGCGGAGCCCCUUCCCCAGCGUGGCCACGGCCUCUGCCACGAGCCUUACCGUCCAUCCUCCCAGCCAAAGCCAAAUUACCACCGUUAACCAGGGCAGCGGCACCACGGCUGAGCCCUACACCAAGACCUCUCUUUCCCCCUCGGCCACAGCGCAGACAAGCCUUUCCACAACAAGGUUGGAGGGCACACGAGCAAAGACGGAGACCGUGCCCAUGACACCGACUCAGAAACGGAGCUCGCCCACGGUGCCUACCGGGACGCAGGCAGCCAGUCCCACCUCCCCAACAACGAGGCCCCAUGCCGCUGCCACCAGCACGGGCACAGCCAGUGCCAGUGCUGCCUCCGUCUCUCCCAGCCCCAGCUCGGCGGCCACGAGCCACUCGUCCUCCUCUCCUGCGGGCCCCUCAGCCGCCACUCCCAACCCACAGAGAAGCACCGCCAGCGGCACCACUGAGUCCAGCUCGGCCACCCCAGCCCAACCCUCCACUGCAUUCGUGUCUUCCACGCCUUCCUCCACUCCUGGCUUAUCCGGCAUCGGAACGGGUGGUACGACAGAACAGGCAGCAACUCAAAGCGCAGCUCCCAGCCUCUCCACCUCCGAGCCAUCGGCAGCAGCCUCUGGCACGUCCCCAGCCUCACGGAACACCCAGGGCAGCCUUUCGUCCACGCAGGCCACCACCACGGAGAUGCAGUCUGGGCGCCUGACUUCCACAGCCGUCACGCGGGGGAAGGGCACGACGGAGCCUGGGGACACUGCAUCUCCUACACGGAGCCCCUUGCCCACAGCGACAACGGCCGCUGCCACCAGCAUCGACACGACUCCUCGCAGCCAAAGCGAAAUUCCCACCAUCAACCAGGCAAGCAGCACCAUGGCAGAGCCCAACACCAAGGCUUCUCUUUCACUCUCAGCCACAUCCUUGACAACCUUUUCCACGACGAGGAGGGUGGGCACAGAAGCAAAGACGGACACUGUGCCUACAAUGCCGGCUCAGGAAGGGAGCUCGCCUGCGCCGUCAGCUGGGACCGAGGCAACGAGCCCUGCCUUCCCAACGACGAGGAGCCAAGCCACUGCCACCGGUGUGGGCACAGCGAGUGCCAGUGCUGCCUCCGUCUCUCCCAGCCCCAGCUCGGCAGCCACGAGCCACUCGUCCUCCUCUCCUGCGGGCUCCUCGGCCGCCACUCCCAACCCACAGAGAAGCAGCACAGGCGGCACCACUGAGUCCAGCUCGGCCACCACAUCCCACCCUUCCACGGCAAACGUCUCUUCCACGGCAAACGUGUCUCCCGCGCUUUCCUCCCAUCCUGGAACCUCCAGCGCUGGAUCGGGCGCUGUGACGGCAGAGGCGUCGACUCAGACCACAGCUCCCAGCACGUCCAGCCCCAAGCCGUCGGCAUCCACCUCCGGCACGUCCCCUGCCUCAGAUAACACCCAGGGCAGACCUUUCCCCACCCUGGCCAGCACCAUGGGGACACAGGCAGUGCGCCUCACUUCCACAACCGUCACGCAGCAGCAGGUCACGACGGAGCCUGGGGCCGCUUCGUCUUCCACGCGGAGCCCCUUCCCCAGCGUGGCCACGGCCUCUGCCACGAGCCUUACCGUCCAUCCUCCCAGCCAAAGCCAAAUUACCACCGUUAACCAGGGCAGCGGCACCACGGCUGAGCCCUACACCAAGACCUCUCUUUCCCCCUCGGCCACAGCGCAGACAAGCCUUUCCACAACAAGGUUGGAGGGCACACGAGCAAAGACGGAGACCGUGCCCAUGACACCGACUCAGAAACGGAGCUCGCCCACGGUGCCUACCGGGACGCAGGCAGCCAGUCCCACCUCCCCAACAACGAGGCCCCAUGCCGCUGCCACCAGCACGGGCACAGCCAGUGCCAGUGCUGCCUCCGUCUCUCCCAGCCCCAGCUCGGCGGCCACGAGCCACUCGUCCUCCUCUCCUGCGGGCCCCUCAGCCGCCACUCCCAACCCACAGAGAAGCACCGCCAGCGGCACCACUGAGUCCAGCUCGGCCACCCCAGCCCAACCCUCCACUGCAUUCGUGUCUUCCACGCCUUCCUCCACUCCUGGCUUAUCCGGCAUCGGAACGGGUGGUACGACAGAACAGGCAGCAACUCAAAGCGCAGCUCCCAGCCUCUCCACCUCCGAGCCAUCGGCAGCAGCCUCUGGCACGUCCCCAGCCUCACGGAACACCCAGGGCAGCCUUUCGUCCACGCAGGCCACCACCACGGAGAUGCAGUCUGGGCGCCUGACUUCCACAGCCGUCACGCGGGGGAAGGGCACGACGGAGCCUGGGGACACUGCAUCUCCUACACGGAGCCCCUUGCCCACAGCGACAACGGCCGCUGCCACCAGCAUCGACACGACUCCUCGCAGCCAAAGCGAAAUUCCCACCAUCAACCAGGCAAGCAGCACCAUGGCAGAGCCCAACACCAAGGCUUCUCUUUCACUCUCAGCCACAUCCUUGACAACCUUUUCCACGACGAGGAGGGUGGGCACAGAAGCAAAGACGGACACUGUGCCUACAAUGCCGGCUCAGGAAGGGAGCUCGCCUGCGCCGUCAGCUGGGACCGAGGCAACGAGCCCUGCCUUCCCAACGACGAGGAGCCAAGCCACUGCCACCGGUGUGGGCACAGCGAGUGCCAGUGCUGCCUCCGUCUCUCCCAGCCCCAGCUCGGCAGCCACGAGCCACUCGUCCUCCUCUCCUGCGGGCUCCUCGGCCGCCACUCCCAACCCACAGAGAAGCAGCACAGGCGGCACCACUGAGUCCAGCUCGGCCACCACAUCCCACCCUUCCACGGCAAACGUCUCUUCCACGGCAAACGUGUCUCCCGCGCUUUCCUCCCAUCCUGGAACCUCCAGCGCUGGAUCGGGCGCUGUGACGGCAGAGGCGUCGACUCAGACCACAGCUCCCAGCACGUCCAGCCCCAAGCCGUCGGCAUCCACCUCCGGCACGUCCCCUGCCUCAGAUAACACCCAGGGCAGACCUUUCCCCACCCUGGCCAGCACCAUGGGGACACAGGCAGUGCGCCUCACUUCCACAACCGUCACGCAGCAGCAGGUCACGACAGAGCCUGGGGCCGCUUCGUCUUCCACGCGGAGCCCCUUCCCCAGCGUGGCCACGGCCUCUGCCACGAGCCUUACCGUCCAUCCUCCCAGCCAAAGCCAAAUUACCACCGUUAACCAGGGCAGCGGCACCACGGCUGAGCCCUACACCAAGACCUCUCUUUCCCCCUCGGCCACAGCGCAGACAAGCCUUUCCACAACAAGGUUGGAGGGCACACGAGCAAAGACGGAGACCGUGCCCAUGACACCGACUCAGAAACGGAGCUCGCCCACGGUGCCUACCGGGACGCAGGCAGCCAGUCCCACCUCCCCAACAACGAGGCCCCAUGCCGCUGCCACCAGCACGGGCACAGCCAGUGCCAGUGCUGCCUCCGUCUCUCCCAGCCCCAGCUCGGCGGCCACGAGCCACUCGUCCUCCUCUCCUGCGGGCCCCUCAGCCGCCACUCCCAACCCACAGAGAAGCACCGCCAGCGGCACCACUGAGUCCAGCUCGGCCACCCCAGCCCAACCCUCCACUGCAUUCGUGUCUUCCACGCCUUCCUCCACUCCUGGCUUAUCCGGCAUCGGAACGGGUGGUACGACAGAACAGGCAGCAACUCAAAGCGCAGCUCCCAGCCUCUCCACCUCCGAGCCAUCGGCAGCAGCCUCUGGCACGUCCCCAGCCUCACGGAACACCCAGGGCAGCCUUUCGUCCACGCAGGCCACCACCACGGAGAUGCAGUCUGGGCGCCUGACUUCCACAGCCGUCACGCGGGGGAAGGGCACGACGGAGCCUGGGGACACUGCAUCUCCUACACGGAGCCCCUUGCCCACAGCGACAACGGCCGCUGCCACCAGCAUCGACACGACUCCUCGCAGCCAAAGCGAAAUUCCCACCAUCAACCAGGCAAGCAGCACCAUGGCAGAGCCCAACACCAAGGCUUCUCUUUCACUCUCAGCCACAUCCUUGACAACCUUUUCCACGACGAGGAGGGUGGGCACAGAAGCAAAGACGGACACUGUGCCUACAAUGCCGGCUCAGGAAGGGAGCUCGCCUGCGCCGUCAGCUGGGACCGAGGCAACGAGCCCUGCCUUCCCAACGACGAGGAGCCAAGCCACUGCCACCGGUGUGGGCACAGCGAGUGCCAGUGCUGCCUCCGUCUCUCCCAGCCCCAGCUCGGCAGCCACGAGCCACUCGUCCUCCUCUCCUGCGGGCUCCUCGGCCGCCACUCCCAACCCACAGAGAAGCAGCACAGGCGGCACCACUGAGUCCAGCUCGGCCACCACAUCCCACCCUUCCACGGCAAACGUCUCUUCCACGGCAAACGUGUCUCCCGCGCUUUCCUCCCAUCCUGGAACCUCCAGCGCUGGAUCGGGCGCUGUGACGGCAGAGGCGUCGACUCAGACCACAGCUCCCAGCACGUCCAGCCCCAAGCCGUCGGCAUCCACCUCCGGCACGUCCCCUGCCUCAGAUAACACCCAGGGCAGACCUUUCCCCACCCUGGCCAGCACCAUGGGGACACAGGCAGUGCGCCUCACUUCCACAACCGUCACGCAGCAGCAGGUCACGACGGAGCCUGGGGCCGCUUCGUCUUCCACGCGGAGCCCCUUCCCCAGCGUGGCCACGGCCUCUGCCACGAGCCUUACCGUCCAUCCUCCCAGCCAAAGCCAAAUUACCACCGUUAACCAGGGCAGCGGCACCACGGCUGAGCCCUACACCAAGACCUCUCUUUCCCCCUCGGCCACAGCGCAGACAAGCCUUUCCACAACAAGGUUGGAGGGCACACGAGCAAAGACGGAGACCGUGCCCAUGACACCGACUCAGAAACGGAGCUCGCCCACGGUGCCUACCGGGACGCAGGCAGCCAGUCCCACCUCCCCAACAACGAGGCCCCAUGCCGCUGCCACCAGCACGGGCACAGCCAGUGCCAGUGCUGCCUCCGUCUCUCCCAGCCCCAGCUCGGCGGCCACGAGCCACUCGUCCUCCUCUCCUGCGGGCCCCUCAGCCGCCACUCCCAACCCACAGAGAAGCACCGCCAGCGGCACCACUGAGUCCAGCUCGGCCACCCCAGCCCAACCCUCCACUGCAUUCGUGUCUUCCACGCCUUCCUCCACUCCUGGCUUAUCCGGCAUCGGAACGGGUGGUACGACAGAACAGGCAGCAACUCAAAGCGCAGCUCCCAGCCUCUCCACCUCCGAGCCAUCGGCAGCAGCCUCUGGCACGUCCCCAGCCUCACGGAACACCCAGGGCAGCCUUUCGUCCACGCAGGCCACCACCACGGAGAUGCAGUCUGGGCGCCUGACUUCCACAGCCGUCACGCGGGGGAAGGGCACGACGGAGCCUGGGGACACUGCAUCUCCUACACGGAGCCCCUUGCCCACAGCGACAACGGCCGCUGCCACCAGCAUCGACACGACUCCUCGCAGCCAAAGCGAAAUUCCCACCAUCAACCAGGCAAGCAGCACCAUGGCAGAGCCCAACACCAAGGCUUCUCUUUCACUCUCAGCCACAUCCUUGACAACCUUUUCCACGACGAGGAGGGUGGGCACAGAAGCAAAGACGGACACUGUGCCUACAAUGCCGGCUCAGGAAGGGAGCUCGCCUGCGCCGUCAGCUGGGACCGAGGCAACGAGCCCUGCCUUCCCAACGACGAGGAGCCAAGCCACUGCCACCGGUGUGGGCACAGCGAGUGCCAGUGCUGCCUCCGUCUCUCCCAGCCCCAGCUCGGCAGCCACGAGCCACUCGUCCUCCUCUCCUGCGGGCUCCUCGGCCGCCACUCCCAACCCACAGAGAAGCAGCACAGGCGGCACCACUGAGUCCAGCUCGGCCACCACAUCCCACCCUUCCACGGCAAACGUCUCUUCCACGGCAAACGUGUCUCCCGCGCUUUCCUCCCAUCCUGGAACCUCCAGCGCUGGAUCGGGCGCUGUGACGGCAGAGGCGUCGACUCAGACCACAGCUCCCAGCACGUCCAGCCCCAAGCCGUCGGCAUCCACCUCCGGCACGUCCCCUGCCUCAGAUAACACCCAGGGCAGACCUUUCCCCACCCUGGCCAGCACCAUGGGGACACAGGCAGUGCGCCUCACUUCCACAACCGUCACGCAGCAGCAGGUCACGACGGAGCCUGGGGCCGCUUCGUCUUCCACGCGGAGCCCCUUCCCCAGCGUGGCCACGGCCUCUGCCACGAGCCUUACCGUCCAUCCUCCCAGCCAAAGCCAAAUUACCACCGUUAACCAGGGCAGCGGCACCACGGCUGAGCCCUACACCAAGACCUCUCUUUCCCCCUCGGCCACAGCGCAGACAAGCCUUUCCACAACAAGGUUGGAGGGCACACGAGCAAAGACGGAGACCGUGCCCAUGACACCGACUCAGAAACGGAGCUCGCCCACGGUGCCUACCGGGACGCAGGCAGCCAGUCCCACCUCCCCAACAACGAGGCCCCAUGCCGCUGCCACCAGCACUGGCACAGCCAGUGCCAGUGCUGCCUCCGUCUCUCCCAGCCCCAGCUCGGCGGCCACGAGCCACUCGUCCUCCUCUCCUGCGGGCCCCUCAGCCGCCACUCCCAACCCACAGAGAAGCACCGCCAGCGGCACCACUGAGUCCAGCUCGGCCACCCCAGCCCAACCCUCCACUGCAUUCGUGUCUUCCACGCCUUCCUCCACUCCUGGCUUAUCCGGCAUCGGAACGGGUGGUACGACAGAACAGGCAGCAACUCAAAGCGCAGCUCCCAGCCUCUCCACCUCCGAGCCAUCGGCAGCAGCCUCUGGCACGUCCCCAGCCUCACGGAACACCCAGGGCAGCCUUUCGUCCACGCAGGCCACCACCACGGAGAUGCAGUCUGGGCGCCUGACUUCCACAGCCGUCACGCGGGGGAAGGGCACGACGGAGCCUGGGGACACUGCAUCUCCUACACGGAGCCCCUUGCCCACAGCGACAACGGCCGCUGCCACCAGCAUCGACACGACUCCUCGCAGCCAAAGCGAAAUUCCCACCAUCAACCAGGCAAGCAGCACCAUGGCAGAGCCCAACACCAAGGCUUCUCUUUCACUCUCAGCCACAUCCUUGACAACCUUUUCCACGACGAGGAGGGUGGGCACAGAAGCAAAGACGGACACUGUGCCUACAAUGCCGGCUCAGGAAGGGAGCUCGCCUGCGCCGUCAGCUGGGACCGAGGCAACGAGCCCUGCCUUCCCAACGACGAGGAGCCAAGCCACUGCCACCGGUGUGGGCACAGCGAGUGCCAGUGCUGCCUCCGUCUCUCCCAGCCCCAGCUCGGCAGCCACGAGCCACUCGUCCUCCUCUCCUGCGGGCUCCUCGGCCGCCACUCCCAACCCACAGAGAAGCAGCACAGGCGGCACCACUGAGUCCAGCUCGGCCACCACAUCCCACCCUUCCACGGCAAACGUCUCUUCCACGGCAAACGUGUCUCCCGCGCUUUCCUCCCAUCCUGGAACCUCCAGCGCUGGAUCGGGCGCUGUGACGGCAGAGGCGUCGACUCAGACCACAGCUCCCAGCACGUCCAGCCCCAAGCCGUCGGCAUCCACCUCCGGCACGUCCCCUGCCUCAGAUAACACCCAGGGCAGACCUUUCCCCACCCUGGCCAGCACCAUGGGGACACAGGCAGUGCGCCUCACUUCCACAACCGUCACGCAGCAGCAGGUCACGACGGAGCCUGGGGCCGCUUCGUCUUCCACGCGGAGCCCCUUCCCCAGCGUGGCCACGGCCUCUGCCACGAGCCUUACCGUCCAUCCUCCCAGCCAAAGCCAAAUUACCACCGUUAACCAGGGCAGCGGCACCACGGCUGAGCCCUACACCAAGACCUCUCUUUCCCCCUCGGCCACAGCGCAGACAAGCCUUUCCACAACAAGGUUGGAGGGCACACGAGCAAAGACGGAGACCGUGCCCAUGACACCGACUCAGAAACGGAGCUCGCCCACGGUGCCUACCGGGACGCAGGCAGCCAGUCCCACCUUCCCAACAACGAGGCCCCAUGCCGCUGCCACCAGCACGGGCACAGCCAGUGCCAGUGCUGCCUCCGUCUCUCCCAGCCCCAGCUCGGCGGCCACGAGCCACUCGUCCUCCUCUCCUGCGGGCCCCUCAGCCGCCACUCCCAACCCACAGAGAAGCACCGCCAGCGGCACCACUGAGUCCAGCUCGGCCACCCCAGCCCAACCCUCCACUGCAUUCGUGUCUUCCACGCCUUCCUCCACUCCUGGCUUAUCCGGCAUCGGAACGGGUGGUACGACAGAACAGGCAGCAACUCAAAGCGCAGCUCCCAGCCUCUCCACCUCCGAGCCAUCGGCAACAGCCUCUGGCACGCCCCCAGCCUCACGGAACACCCAGGGCAGCCUUUCGUCCACGCAGGCCACCACCACGGAGAUGCAGUCUGGGCGCCUGACUUCCACAGCCGUCACGCGGGGGAAGGGCACGACGGAGCCUGGGGACACUGCAUCUCCUACACGGAGCCCCUUGCCCACAGCGACAACGGCCGCUGCCACCAGCAUCGACACGACUCCUCGCAGCCAAAGCGAAAUUCCCACCAUCAACCAGGCAAGCAGCACCAUGGCAGAGCCCAACACCAAGGCUUCUCUUUCACUCUCAGCCACAUCCUUGACAACCUUUUCCACGACGAGGAGGGUGGGCACAGAAGCAAAGACGGAGAACGUGCCCAUAACACUAAUUCAGGAAGGGAACUCACCCACAGUGUCUACCAGGACAGAGACAAUGAGUCCUACCUUCCCAACAACAAGUCCUAAUGCCAUUGACACCUUUUUGACCACCAACCAGGGGAGCAGGAUGACUUCUGAGCCCAGAACGCUGACAUCCCCAUCGCACCUGACCACAUCACUGAUGAUCCUAUCCAGUACAACUUCUUGGAAAUCAACAUCUCUUAAUGUUCCAUUAACUAGCAUUUGCUGUGAGUAUUUUAGAGCAUGA